AUGCCAAGUGGGGAGCGGGGAGACGGUCUUCCUAGGGCACUCCAGCCGGCUCUGGACGUGUCAGAGGGUGUGUCGCCAGUGCCGCGGCGGAAGACCAGUGGUAUGCGGGACGGCACGGGCGACGAGCCUCGUGUGUCACGCAAGGACCAACACUGCCGUCAGUGCACACAGCCCAUUUCUGGGCAGUUUGUGCGUGCGCUGGGUGGUGUAUACCAUUUGGACUGUUUCCGUUGUGCGGAUUGUGGGCGCAAUGUUGCAUCCAAGUUUUUCUCAGCGACGGACGAUAUGGCGUCGGAGAACCAAGGCCAACUUUUCCCCCUGUGUGAGACAGAUUACUUUCGACGUCUCGACUUGCUGUGUGCCAAGUGUGGACGCGCACUGCGUGGAAGUUAUAUCACGGCGCUGGGCGCCAAGUACCAUGUGGAUCAUUUUACGUGCUCAAUGUGUUCCACCCAGUUCGGUCCAGACGAUAGUUACUACGAGCACGACGGGAAAGUGUACUGUCAUUUCCACUACAGCACGAUGUUUGCUAUCCAGUGCACAGGCUGUCAAACGGCGAUUCUCAAGCAGUUUGUGGAGAUCAAUCGCAACAAUGCAGAUGAACAUUGGCACCCUGAAUGCUACAUGAUUCACCGGUACUGGAAGAUCAAGCUGGCGACCGCGCCCUUGUCGUCGACGCAGGCGAUAUCGCAGCCAUCGAUCACGACGCCUGUCCAGGAGCUUGAGUUCUCGAUGCCCGGCACACUUACGCUGUCCCCGUCAUCGUCCGACGACGAGCUCCAUGCGAAGACGACAUCACAGGCCAUCACGCAAGAGACGCCAGAAUCGCUCCUGCAGAAGCAGCAAGUGAUGGAGCACCGUGUCAUCACAAUUUGGCGUGUGCUCUCGGCAUUUGAAGAGUCGUCUGCAGCGUGCAUUUCCGAUAUGCUGCGUCAUGUAAGCAGCGGACGAUACGUCGGCGGUGUGCGUUUUGCUGCGCGCUUUGUGCUGCAUGUGGAAGUUCUUUUCUCGGCGAUUGACGAGUUGGAUAUGUACUUCCAGCGAGCCGGCGCGCCAUCGAUUCAGUGCGUGCGGGAAGCCCGCAUGUUAUGCAAGAAAAUUGUCAACUUUUUCUCAUUAUUAUCACAUACCCAGGAGGCUGGCGCGGAGCGCAUGCACAUUACGCAGGAACUGCUGUCGCUUGUCACGGGGUUGGCCCACUACCUGAAGAUCCUGAUCCGCAUUUCGCUCACAGGCGCACUCCGCUUGGAUCAGGAAUACGACAUACCUGCGGCGCUGGAAUCGUUCCUGGCGCGCCUCGAUGACCUGGUCAUACUGCAGAGCAGUCGGAGUGCAGAGAGUGUCGCGAAUGGCCUAUCGCCCAGCACAAGCCAUGCGGAUAUGAUCGAUACCGACAAGGUCCAUGGGUACACGAGCCUGCCGCGACUGCGUACGUCGCAUGAGGCAGAGAAUGCCUCGGAUUUGUGUAUGCACUGUGGCCAAACGGUGGAGGAGCAGUGUGUGCGUGCUGGAUUGUCACUGCGGUGGCACUGGGGGUGUGUGCGGUGCCAUGGAUGCCGGCGAGGCGCGACGAUGCCGGAUGGCACCAUUCCUUCGCGGCGAGGCAGCGAAGCGGAUGCGAUGGCGGCUGGCAGCGCGACGCAGCCUGUGCCGAUGCCUCUGUCGCAGUUUGUAUGCUAUGGCACGCGGCGCGACAAGGUCGUGGCGUUCUGUGCGCAGUGCGCGCCGAUCGAUGCGAAGGCGCGUCUCGUGCCUGUGACGCGUUUGGAGCAGUAUGCGUUCCUGCUGUGUGUAGCGCUGAACCGACUGGACGCACUCUUGCACCGGCAGGCGCAGCAGCGGCACUUGGCAGUGCCCAGCAGCACGGGGGACGAGGAUGCGGGGGAGCUGACCGAUGCCGAGUCCAGCACGUACCGCAAGUCGACGGAAGCCAAGCGGCUGGAGACGCAGUACCUGGAUCGGCACAUGUCGAACAAAGCGCAUGUCCCACGGAUCUCCACGGUGGUGGGCCAGCCCUCGUCGUACGAGACGCAUGUGGGAGGGGCCGAGACGCGGCGGAUCACGCAGUCGCCGGACGUGGACAAAGAGCCUGCGCGGCCCACCCGGCCGCCGGCCGAUCGGGGGGCGGACGAAGGUGCGAGCGCGGGGGCGGCGCCGUCCAUUGCUGUGGCGCCGCCGCCGCUGCCAUCAUCGGCCAGUGCCAAGCCUGGGCCGGUGGUCCCGAUUCGCGCGCCGUUUACGCGCAACAACACCGAUGUGUUGGUCCGUAUGAACAGUGUGACGUCGAAGGCGCGUGAGUCAUGGUCGGAGGGUACGAUGUCGUACGAGGAAGGCAUUACAUUGGCCGACAUUCCUAUGAUUCUGCAUGCGGAGCAGGAGCGGGAGCGUGAGCCGGGGAUUGUGGACCGGCGUCCGCUGAGCUCGCUGCAGGCGGACGAGUGGCUUGUGGUGCGAGGCGUCGCGUUGGUACGCCUGGAGCGAUCGGCGUUGGCGGAGUGGACGCUGUCCGGUGAUUUGUACGAGUUUGUCGUGCGGAAAAGCACGUUUUGGGAGCGACUUCGGUUCAAAGGGGCCAAAGACCGGCGUGAUGUGCGUAAGAAAGGCACGUUUGGUGUGCCGCUGGACGACUUGGCGGAGCGGCAGGGCGCAGACUCUGUGCUGGGCGCCACGCCUACGCCGAUGCGCAUUCCUGCCUUUGUCGACGAUGUGAUUUCUGCGCUGCGGCAGAUGGAUGUGUCUGUGGAAGGCAUAUUCCGGAAGAACGGCAAUUUGCGGCGGCUCAAGGACCUGGCCGACGAGUGCGAUCGCGGGCUGGAUACGGUCAACUGGCUCGACGAUACACCGGUGCAGCUCGCGGCGCUUCUGAAGAAGUUUUUGCGGGAGCUGCCGGAGCCGCUGCUCACGCAGCGCCUCUACCGCGGGUUCGUGCAAGCAGCCGCGCUGGAAGCGGAGGGCGAAGCACGCUGGUGGUCGCUGGUCCUGUGGCUCGUUCUUCUUCUGCCGCGCGCCCACCGCGACACGAUGGAAGUGCUCUUUGUGUUUGUGCGGUGGGUCGCUACGUUCUCGCAUGUAGACGAGGAGAGCGGGAGUCGGAUGGACAUUCCGAAUCUCGCGACGGUCCUUGCGCCCAGUGUGCUGUACUCGCGCACCUCGGAGCCGACGCAUAGCGAAGCGAUGCUCGCGCAGCAUGUCGUGCAAGCCAUGCUGGAGCGACAGGACGAGCUAUGGGUUGUCCCGGACGACAUGCAAGCAGCGCUGCAGGAUACAGCGCUGAUCGCCGCGGCGCCGGAUCUCACCGCGCCGGAGCUUCUAAAGCGGUGUGCCGCGUAUGCGUAG